AUGGAUGGACCCGACCAAGAUGGCCAGCGACCUGCAAAGCGGCAGAGACUGGCGGCGCCUGAACCAGGCCCGUAUGUCCUUCGUGCUGUUCUCGAGGACAUUCCACUGGCGGCAGAUGACGGUGAUGCAAAGGUGUCAAUUACGUGUGUAGAAUAUUGGAACAACAAUCUAUAUGUCGGAACCUCUGCGGCCGAGAUCUUACAUUUGGUCUCGAUCCCUUCUGAUCAGGACAACGACAAUGCACCUACAACCUUCAUUCUUGCCUCGCGACUUCAACCCAGCGGCCACGCCGCAUCGGCCGAGUCUCCGAAUGCACCAGGCAUCCAGCAGAUCCUGGUUCUACCAGGUCCUCUAAAAGCCUGCGUAUUAUGCAAUGGCGUCGUCUCGUUCUACUCACUCCCAGAAUUCAGUCCGGCAUUUCCUAACAGGGAACCCACUGGCGUCCAGUGGAUUGGUGGCAUUGACGAGAAUGAAGACAAAGAGAACCCGGAGGGGCCUGUGGUGAUGAUUGCAAACUCGCGAAGAAUCAUCUUGGUCAGGGUGGGGGAGAGGCUGCGGGCAAUCAAAAAUAACAUCGAAUACCCCGGCUGUUUGAAAUCGAGCAGAAGAGAAACGAUUGCAUGCGUGGCUGAUGACACGAGUUAUGCGCUCCUGGAGGUAGAACACCAGCAGAAGAUUCCCCUGUUUCCCAUCUCAUCACAGCCUACCGUUGAUGAUAUGCUGGCCGAAAACGAUGGGCGUGCUCCAGCACAGUCUCCUCCACCUGCAGAAGCAGCUGGUCAUGCUCGAAGCACAAGCAUGGGGAAUCUGAUCGGCUCGCCAGAGGACGGUUCCCACGGACGCCAAGAGUCUUCUCAUCUAAUGCCUCCAGAUACGGCAUCCGCUGGCUCAGCCCAACCCUCGUCAUCACCUACUAACCUCUCGACCACCGUCGGAGGUGCAGAUGGGAGUGGACGUCCGAGAGCGCGCCCCCGUGCGUCAACCGAGGCACUUCCCGCCAAAUCAUCCGCUGGCAUCAGUAGCAAACAUUCUACCAAGCGUCUCAAACCGCAUAUCCUCUCUCCCUUUCCGACGGAGUUCAUGUUAACUACGGGCACGAUGGAAUCUGAGCCCGGAGUUGGUAUGUUUGUGAACCUGGAUGGUGACGUUGUUCGAGGGACAAUUGACUUCGAAAGUUACCCUGAGGAUCUGCUUGUGGACAACUUCGCCGUGCCAGAAAACGAAGGCGCCCCACGCUCGGAAGAUGAAGGUAAAAUCAUCUUCGCUCUUCUGCGAAGUGUUCAAGAAGGCGUAACAGAGAGAAAAUUGGAAAUCCAGCUGAUCGAGAAUGCAUCCGAGCUCGCGCACCCUCGCACCUGCGUUGGUUUGCCAUCAAGUGGAUUUGAGAAUGCUCCCGCCGGCUUGCACCACACGCUGAGCACGCAUAGCCAUUUCUUCAAAGCCCCGGGACAAUUGUUGCAACUAGUACCACUUCCCAUCAAGUCUUUGAGACAACGAGAGAUCGCUCAAGCUGAGAGUGAUCCAAGGACAAAGUCUGCUGUGGAACAGGUGGAGCAAGAGCGCGCUCUGUUUGAGAAUCAAUCCUUGAGUACUCCUGUCGAGCCGUCGAACGAGCUCGUAAAGAAGCGUGCUAUUGAAGAAGAAAUGCUUGCUGGUCGCCUCGGACGCGCUUUCACGAGAAAUUUGGUUUGGCACGGUAAAGAUCUUCUCAUGAUCUUACAAAAUCCCUUGAUCUCGCAACUCGAACAUCGCUUGAUGCAGUAUAUGAUUGACAGCCAACCUGCUAAUGUGACUCCUGGUCAAAUAUUCGGGUUCUUGGCUAGUAUUCACGGUCGCGAACCGAAGGAUGAGACGGAGUUCCUCACCCUGAACUACAUCAGACAGAAAGCCAGCUUGAUUUUGUUUUUGUAUCUGGAGACACAGCUUUCAGGUGCCUCAACCCUUCAGGACAUAUUCCGAGCUGUCGAGAACGCAUUGCAUGAUGGUGGGCUAGAUCCGCGCAUCGUGCUCCUCCUUCUACCUCCACUCUCGUCGGAGGUCUUGUACGGGCCAGAAGGCAUCUGGCUCCAUCAAGGUAUGGCAGAUCUCUUGCAAGAUCAUCGAUCGCCAAUCUCUAAUUUUGAGGAUGCCCCGACCGAAUUUUGGAUGAUGAUGAGACACUUCUUGAUGCUGUGGCAAGAGAAGCGCGGCUAUGGAAGCAUUGCAGAUGACAAACACGUAUUUGAUUCUGUUGAUGCGUCGUUGCUCCAUGUCUUGCUCUAUUUGGACCAAGCAUUGGCCACAGACAGUCCUGCCCAGAGAUCAGUGCGAGCCAAAUUGAAUAAUGUUGUCGAUCAGUGGAAGGGCGACUUUGAGCGUGCGACAUUGCUACUGGAACGGUACAAUAGACUCUAUAUUCUGAGCCGGCUCUAUCAAAGUAGGAAACAAGCUCAAGAUGUCCUGGCGACUUGGAAACGGAUCAUCGAUGGAGAGAGGGAUGUGGACUAUGGUUCGAAUAUUGGCUAUGUGGAGGUCCAACUACGCCGCUACUUGACGGUCAUUCGAGAUAUCGAACUGGUUCAGAGUUAUACUCUGUUGCUCGCACAGCGAAAUCCGGAGCUCGCCGUCCAAGUUUUCACAGACGACGCUGCACGGGUGAAGUUCAGCCCUCAAGAGGUAGUUCAACUUCUCAAAGACCAAGCACCGGGAGCGGUCCAGCAAUACCUGGAAUAUCUUGUGUUUGGCAAAAAUCUCGGACAGUACGCCGACGACCUCAUCGGCUAUUACCUCGACACAGUUCUGACUGUCCUGGAAAAGUCAGAAUCCGCUCGCACGUCGCUAGCAGAAAGCUAUUCGACCUAUCGAGCUCUUGAGUCGCCCAAGCCGACCUAUCUUGACUUCAUUCAUCAAAACGCCCCUCCAGAGCCAUGGUGGCAAUCACGUCUCCGUCUCCUCCAACUUCUAGGGAGUGGCGCAUACGCAUCCACAGGCACCAGCGACGCUGGAAAGGAUCUGACUUACUCGGUCUCCAUGGUCCUCGAGCGCAUGGCACCCUUCUCCUCCUAUCUCGUUUCGGAAUCUGUGAUCCUCGAUGCCCGUCAAGGCCGUCACAAAGAAGCCCUUCGCCUUCUGACACAUGGGUUGGGUGAUUAUGAUACAGCCACACGAUACUGCUACUUUGGCCGUCCUUCACCCCUCUCCUCCUCCUUUCCCAUUGAUCCAGCCAGCUUACCAUCCAGAACGAGCCAGAUCGAACUUUUCACUUUCCUUUUCCACGAAUUUCUCUCCAUUCACGACGUUGAGGAACGCCUUGAACGCACGUCCUAUCUUCUCGGGAAAUUCGCCACCUUUUUUGACCCUCUGCAAAUCCUCAGAGAUAUUCCUGAUGAUUGGACCGUGGAGAUGCUGAGUGAAUUCUUAGUGAGGAGUUUCCGCUCCGCCACAACUGAGAGGAACCAGCUUGUGAUUAUGAAGGCUUUGAGUGCGGCUCAGAACCUUAUAGGGCAGGUCGACUUGGUGGAGCUCUGUGAGAAGAUUGGCCCGAAAUUCGAGACUACAAAUGAAGGAGCUACACGGGACCAAGGAGGGUUUGAAGAACCACGAGAGGUCGAUGUCGGGGGGACUUGA